UUAUAAAUAUCAAGAAAAUGUCAUAGUAGUAACCACAAAAUAAAUACAAACUAAACAAUGUUUGAGAGAAAGCAAAAAUUUUAUGUAUUGACCAUGUUAUUAAUGGUAACGUUUCUAUCGAUUUCUCAAAAUACGAAAGGUAAUGCAAAUAUUCCGCUUGCUCCAAUGUCAGAGGAAGGAUUCCUGCCAAAUCCAUUUCAGUGUGUAAACGAUGCUAGGAAAGUUCCAAAUUGCAUAAAUGCAGUGAAGAAAUUCCAGUUCAAAAUUAUCACAAAAGAAUGUUGCUUUGUUCUACUGAAAGCUCCAGAAGAUUGUCUUGGGAUGUUAUUUCCUAUGCGUUUUGUUAUUAAAAUUAUGCUUCAACUUACAUGUAGGUUUAUAGGUAUACAUGCUUAAGAAUAUUUUUUGUUAAUCCUAUAUUUUUUAAACAUUCUAUGUAACAACAAAAUUUACUGUAUUAGUUAUAUUUUUUUAAUAAUAAUUUUGCUUCAUAUAUAAUUAACUUGCUAAUAAUGAUAUCAGCAUUAAAAUCAUGCUUUUAACGUUUUUGACCAUUUGUUUGUUUGCUUAUAUAUGAUGUUUACAUUUUUGGCCUAUUACUAGUCGCUCAUUUUUUUUUAAAGUAAAAAAUAUUUUUGUUUAACUAUGAAAAUUCCUGUAAAUUUCUUUUAAUUUUAUUUUUCUUAUUUAUUGUAAUAAAUAAAAACACUUAGAAAUUAAUUAUUGAUUGCAUAACUGAAACUUUUAAACAGUUGUGAAUAAUGUUGAAUCAGUUAAAAUAUAGAGUUCAACAUUUUAAACAUGGAUGGUAAAAUCUAAAAUUUUAACAUAUCCAACUGCGUAUUACUUAUCUAUAUUAUGACUAUAAAAAUAAUUAUAUAGCUUUUCCUUAGUUAUAAUAUUUACUCUUGAUACUGAUAAUUAAAAAAAAUGUGCAAUUAAAAGUAAAAGAUUUAUAAGAAUUGUUUUUAGUCUUUAAAACCUGUUAGUAUUUCGCGGAAAAUUGGAGAUAUUAGUUGAUAUCUUAUCCCUACUAAGAAAAUAACGGUCACACCCUUAUUUUGUGGCGAUUUUGUUAACAUUACGAUCACAUUAAUAAUAGUCAAAUAUGUUUCAUAUUAUAUAAUAUUUAAAAUUUAUAAUUAUAUUUCUAUUUUAACUAUUAUAUUAUUUUUUAUUACUAUUUUAAUGAUGAUCUGUCUACGAUUAAUUAUCAUCUUCUAAAAGAUUUUUCAAAAAUAUAAAUCAACAUUAAAUGUAAAUGUCUAUGUCACAAUUACAUUCAAGUCGUAUCAUAAUUAUUAGCAUGUCAGGUCAACAUAUUUUUUCAUUGUGGUGAUGACACAUCGAAAAUCACUUUUAAAAUAAUGCUUAGGGGACUAUAGCUUUUCUAUUAUUAACAAUCUAGCAUGGUAUUAAGAAGGUUUGUAAAACUUGUUAAGCCUGCACCAUUUGCAGGGUGAAAUUGUUUUUAAUAAAAUUUAGUCCACAUACAUAAUCUACAUGUCUGAUUAAUGAUAAAAUAUAUAGUAUAAUGUGUAAUAACAUAUAAGGGAUAGCCGGAGUAGCAAAAUAAUGCAUUACAUUAUUAGUUACCAGGGCCGGCUCAACACUGAUAGGGGCCCUAGGGCAAAAAAAAAAUUUUUACUCUCUAAAAUUUAUAUAGAGAUAAUGUUUAAAAUAUUUUUAAAAUUUAAUCAAUAAUACUUUAUAUAUUUUGUAAUGAAAAUAAAACUAUAUACAUAUCAAAUAAUUUUGGGCCCUUUUCAAUUUUAUUUAUUGUAUUUAUAAUUUUUUUUAUAUAUAAAAAUAUAGAUUUAUAAAAAAUUGGGCCCCUUAUUUAUCAUUACACGGGGGGGACACGGGUUCGGACACGGGGCGGUCGCACCGCUUGUCCCCCCUUGUAAGCCGGCCCUGUUAGUUACCACUGGUCAUCUUGGGCUUUAAAAAUUAAAAUAUUGUGUUCCUUUUCUAUGUAGGUACAUUAAUAUUAAGAAGCGGAAAGAUAUAUAAUCACUGGGUGUAAAGUAUUUUUCAAGUGAGUAAUGAUUAACGUUAAGAAUCAAUGAUAAAGGAAAAUAAGAAACGCAAUGUUAAAUAAGGUAAAUGUAUAAUGAAUUGUACAAGCAAUGUAAUUCAUCUUAUUUUUGGUUAGGCUAACUGGUUUCCGUGACAUUAUAAGUAAAUACUCUAUUAAUUAGUGGGUCUUUAUAAUUAAAACGUGAGAGAGCCUUACAGCUUGACGCGUCAGCUUGUUCAGUUGUAAUUAUUAAAAAACAAAGGUUAGUCUCUUCCUAAUGUUCCUCAAUUAAUUUAUAAAGGAUAUCUUGAUUUUUAAGAAAAAAUAAUUAAUAGUUUAAAUAAUAAAAUAAACCAUAUACGUAAUGUUACUAAAUUUAAAUCAAAUUAUCUACCAAUAUAAUAAU